AUGGAGCAUCUUGACCACCUUUUGCAGCCCCCGGAUCUUUUUACCAUAAUCGGUAGAGACGUGGCUCAACCUGAUCAAAGAGAGCUUGAUGAAGCACUGGCGAAAAGUAGAAAGUAUUGGUUCUUUCUCGCAUCAGUUGCCCAUGCCCAACGAGACCAUAGGCUUGUUCCGUUUUACGUGGACCCACGCCAUGCUCUUCGCAGGGUUCCAAAAUUCCAAGCACGCCCCCAAAAGCUUCACAGCUGUCCUUUCGGAUCUUCUCCGGACCUCAGUCUCCGUAUAGAAGCCUCAUCUACUUGGCAAGUAUCAGCAACUAGUGACUGCAAUGGACUUAAAAAGGCGGUAACAAAAGUGGCCUUGCUACAGCUUGGUAGUGGUGGCUCUGUCCCCUUUGAAUUAAAUGAGGAAGUUUUCAGUACGUGGGCUGGAACUUUGGAUGAGAACUGUAUUAGUUCAAAUUAUAUAGGGAUUCUUACUCUUGGCUGGUGCUAUAUACUUUCUGCACGCCUGGUUGAGCUACGGGGAAAGGGUGCGGUUUUGCGUUACACGCAGUCCAAGGCCGAAUAUGAUAACGGCACUUCAUCGAGGUGCCCUAACACGCCAUUUCUCGAUAUUGGAGAAGUGGAUGGUGAUGUCGCUCGGUGGUGGUCCGCAAUACUUGCUCCUGGUGAAGGCUGGGAAGCUAUUGUGACACGGGAGCCCCAUGAUUUUCUCGCUCCGUGGUCAAUCUCUCGCAAAUGCGCAAGCUCAUUCUUCAUCAAAGAUCAGACAUUUUCGUCUGACUCUAAUUUUGCGCCCUUGUCUUCGGAGAGAGCCUUUAAGGCACUUGCUGCAUUUGCGAUUUUCCAUGAUGUCGGAAGUCAGUUUUCGAUUGCGCUAGCAACAGCCUUGAUGAUUCCUUUACACAAAUGCCUCAACUUGACUGCCCAUCUUCCAUUAACGAUAUCAAACGGAUGUGAGGGGAAGGUGAAAUCUUCUACUCAGUGUAUCCCACAAACGUGGGUGGGCUUUAUGAAUGACAUACCCUACUAUAUGAGUUUGAGCUGUAACCCAGAAGUUAUGAUAUCGUCACUUUGUGGAUCUUUCUGGGACCCUGGAGUCCCUUGCAAUCUCGUCAGCCCAUGGCUACAUCCAGCUGUCAAUGAGGUGCUUGGCAGCUCAACGACGGUGACUGUACGCGAUCAAGAGAUUCUUGGUCUUCUUUGUGCAAUUCGCCGGCCAAGUAUAAGUGCACUUUGCAUUGGUGCCGUCAUCAGCGGCUUGGGUCCAACAAUCCUUGAAAGAGUCAAGGGUGGCUUGCCUCCUUUGGAUCAAAAUGCUUAUGCUUGGACCGGCUGUGCUCAGUGUUUCAUGGAUGAUUCGGGAUCUGGUCCAUAUAAAUUGCAGAACAUCGAAUCUAUCUCGAGAGGCCUUUCGCACCCUGGGCACCAUGUGGGGUAUCUUCCAUCGAAAAUUGUGUUCUUCGAGUUAUUUCACACCAAGCAUGCAAUCGGCAUGAGUAUCAAUAUGAUCAUUGGAACUGGGACCUUGAAGACGGGAGUCCUUGAUACCAUCAAGAUUGCGAGCGACCGAACUUUCGAGAUGAAGGAGCUUGAUCCUGAUCAAACAGCCUCUGAUGAAGCCUCGUUUGGCAUAUUUCAUUGGCUUUUUAUCAACGGCGAGGGUCUACCACCUGAGAAGAUUUACCAGGAUGUUUGGAUAAAAGACACAUGGGAUCAAGAGGAAGGUGUACUAGAUGGCCAUAGGGCUGAUGCGCAGACUCCAACAGGGCUUGAUAGUGAAGGCCAGUGUCGAGUCCAGUCAUGGCUCAAUCAGAUCACUGCAUAG